UGUCGUUUAACAUCAACCAAAGCAUUUUGAAUUGAAACACUAGGAAAUGAAGCAAACAUAAACCCCAUUUUUCGCACAGAAAAGAGAAAUCUUUCCAAAAGCAAAAAUGUUGAAGCUAUCUCGCGCGCUUCGUUCAUAUUCCAGGCAUCAACUAUUGGAAGUGGUGUCGUCUACGAAAGUUGAAGUUGCGGGAUUCUCUACUGCAACAAAUAACUAUUCUGCUAAAGGAUAUAAUAAUAAUUAUAAUAGUUCAGAUCGUAUUUUUGCUCCUUAUUCUGUUUACAAGGGAAAAGCUGCAUUCUCACUCAGUCCUUGUCUUCCAACUUUCACUAAGUUGGAUUCUGGGGCUCUUGUGGUUGAGCGUCGCGGUUCCAUAAUGAUGAGUUUCAUGCAUGCUAUUGGGGAGCACAAAUAUGACUGGGAGAAGAGACAAAGAUUUGCUCUAUCAGCUACUGAAGUUGGUUCUUUGAUAGCCAUUGGUCCCCAAGAUUCAUGUGAAUUCUUUCAUGACCCCUCAAUGAAAUCAAGUAAUGCUGGCCAAGUAAGGAAGAACUUAUCAAUUAAGCCUCAUAGCAAUGGCUACUUUGUCUCUCUGAAUGUUGUUAACAUCGUUUUAAAUACCAAAGACAGUUUCAGUGUUCCUGUUACAACUGCCGAGUUUGCUGUGAUGAAGACAGCUUGCAGUUUUGCAUUGCCACACAUUAUGGGUUGGGAUCGUCUAACUAAUCAGCAAAUGCAGUCCAAUGGGACAGUUGGCUUUCAAUCGAAGACAAACCCACAAAUUUUAGACUUGGAAUGGGACAAGUGAAUUACUGUUGGGAAACAUUAAAUGAAUCCUUCUUUGUGCUGCAGUUCCAUUUUGGUUAUUAUCAAUCCAAAUACUAGGAUUGCUAUGGGAAGAUAACUUGUAAAUUGUAAUAUUUAAGCAAGAGAUAUGAGAAGGACGAUUGAUUAAAUAUCGAUGCUGUUUUGCAAUUAGUUGUGUUAUUGAUAUUUUGUUGAUGUUUCUUGUCUUCUCUUUUGUUUCUUUUGUUUACUUUAGGCUGUUAGAAGUUAGAACAUAGUCAAUCCCAUGUUCAUGGCAAUGUAUAUUCUGGAAGGCAGUUUAAUGGUUAGUUGUGUUAAUGAUUAUUUCUGUCCA